AUAAUUAUGCGCCUAUGCGCGCGCUACUUUGUCUUCUCGGCAGUAAUGAGGCCUUGCUCUAGAGAGGAGUCGUCUCUUCCCCGCGGCAGUUUAAUUUUCAGCAUGACAUAUGAAGGUUGUUGCCGGUCUUAUAUAGAUGCAAUUUGCGAAUUUAGGGAUAAAGACAACAAGACGUUUAAAUUUUUCAAAGACCACGGCAUCGUUCCUUUAGGUAGUAAGUAUUGUUCACAGCAAUACUGUGAAAUAGAACUGGGUUUGUGUGCUAAGUCAGUUGUUGAUUGGAAACAAUCAUUCAUCACUGUCUCGACGCCGUGGCUGGUCGUUUCCCGCCAUUUCAAUAACAAAUCACUCCGCCACCCGGCCUGCAUAAGCGCCGAUGCUGCCGGAUGGUCUCACAUCCAGAAAAAAAGCUCAAAUUACACCAUAUCAUAGAUAGAGCAACCAAAGUUACCAACAUGGACCGAGCAAAAGAAUACUUUGACAUUGCUUACCCUCCUGUAUAUGGAACACGCUGGCCAUCAAUUAGGCUUGCUCUCUCAUCAAAGCAAAAAUAUGUUGCCGUUGUGAACAACUUUGCUAAUCAUGAAGUUACUGUUGAAAAGUUUCAGGAACUUGGAGCUAUGGACAUCAGGCACAAAUACUCAUAUUUUGCUGAGCGAUUGAGAGCUAGAAAAGAGGAGAUAAAUGAAAAAAAAUCUCAGGAAGGAGAAGAAGACACUUCUCAAGAUGAAGAUGGUCCCAAAAACUCGAAGUUAAUUAGAACUUCUCUCUUAGAGCUAGAUGAUGAUGCGUUGGCUGCGCGAGCAAAUGCAGAACCCAUCAGUCGUUAUCCAGAAGAAUAUCGACGUAGAGCUCUUGCCCAAGACCAUGUCCCUGGGACAGCAGAACUUGAUUACAUCAGUCGCAUUAUCCUUCCUUCUGAGGUGGGCUCUGCAGGAAUCAGCGCAAUGAUGGAUUAUGUGCCCGCAACAAAAUUGAAGGGACUGGAAGAUUGGAUUGAAGAGACUGAUGUUUUCCUUGAUGCCAGCCAAGGAGAUCAAGACAUUGGACUUCAAAUAGAAAAACAAGAGGAGCCAAUAAAUUUGCCAUCAAUGCUCAAGAUUUAUGCAUUUAACAAAACAGACAUUUCUGAUUUUCCGAAGCCAAAGAUGGACCAUCAUAUGAAACUAUUAGAUUACUAUGCUCUAGAUGGUGCAUCUCUGCUGCCAGUGUUGGCCCUUGACCUUGCACCUGGUGAUCGAGUGCUUGACCUCUGUGCUGCCCCAGGAGGAAAAACCUUAAUUGCAUUGCAAAGUCUACUACCAGGUGUUGUGGUGAGCAAUGACAUAUCUGACAGUCGUGUCCAGAGAAUUAGAGGUGUGCUGAGGCAGUAUAUCCCUAAUAAUUUUUCAGGCUUUGAAAAUGUUUCCGUAGUUAAAAAGAGUAAUGGAUGUGAUUUUAAGGAGAAGGAGGCAUAUGAUAAGGUGCUAGUGGAUGCCCCAUGCCUAAUUGAUCGUGUCUCUAUGCAAGAGGAUGAUAACAGCAUCUUUAAAACCACCAGAACAAAGGAGAGACUUAAAUUACCAGAACUUCAGAGUCAACUACUGGUGUCAGCACUUCAAGCAGUACGACCUGGUGGAACUGUGGUGUACUCAACUUGUACUCUGUCACCUUUACAGAAUGAUGGUGUUGUACAUCUAGCACUUUCUAGAAUAUGGCAAGAGACCACCAUUGAAUGCUCUGUUGUGGAUAUGACUUAUGCAGUUCGAUCAUUGAGUUUCCUGUAUCGCUUUGGAAAUAAUUUGGGCUUGCGCUAUGGUCAGGUUGUUCUGCCAUCACUUCUCUCUAAUUUUGGUCCUAUGUAUUGUGCUAAAAUAAGACGAUUAAAAUAAAAAUGUGAAGUUCCUAGUAAGCUGCCAAGGUAAGUCCAUUAUUCAAAUAAAACUAGAGAGGAAGAUAUGAUACUAGUGUAUUACUUUUCAUGUCUCAUUCUUUCAAAAAAUAUUUGAAAUUAUUUGUAAACCAAAUGUAUUGCCAUGUUUUUGAUUGUAAGAAUAUAUGAAUCAUGUAAAUACUGUAUAGAUUUCUAGAGCUUUUAAAUUUUUUCUCAUGUUUUGAUAAAA